UGUUAUUGAGUUGUACUACUCAACUGUAGGUUCGCGGAAAGACACUAUUUGCGUUUUUUGCAGGAAAAUUACAUAAUUAUUAUUUUGUAUGUUAAGUAAAAUAAAAUAAUAAAAUGAAAAAAUAAAAUAACCGAUCUUUUAACGAGUGGAAAAAUCGAAUAUCGAUUCAUCGUCGAUUAUCGCUCGUCUCUAACCUAAAAUCUUAGAGAAUCGAGGGAUUUUUAACGUUGUUUAAAAUGUAGUGGAGAUUCAUAUUCCUGCGACAGUUUCGAAGAGCGCGUGAAGACAUUCAAAGUAUCAUCAUGCAGUUUCUUAGAUCAUUAAUAUAUCUUGUAAUAUUGCUGUGUACAUUUUUUUUUAAUGUUUAUUGCGACGAAAUGAACGUGGUUGAUGAUGUCACGCAACCUCCCCAUGAUCUUGAAAAAAUAAACUCUUUCUUUUAUAAAUCUGAAGAGGAGUUAAAUAGUCCUGUGACACAAGAAAGUAGUGAUAAUAAAUACUUUAAAACAAUAGAACCAUGCAGCUGUAAAGAAUCAGAUGAACGUAUUACUCAAGAAACAGUAUUUUACAAACGUAUGGUUGCUGUGUUAUUGUCAAAUCUAGUCAUAGAGAGAGUUGACGACAAAUUAAUAGGAACGCUCAGCAUGGAAGCAUCUUCUUCAGAGUUCAAUUACCUUCAAAACUUUGUGGAGGGUCAAGGUUCUAUAAAAGAAGUUGACAGGAUACUUGAUAAUAUAAUAAAACAAUCUCAUUAUCCAGUGAGUUACUAUGUGUCUGAAAUGUCUUAUUACUUCGGAGUACUGUCAGAAUUAUUGAUCCAGUGUACAUCAGUUAUAAAAGAACAUUGGGAUAUAACUAUCAUCUCGCUCAUAGUUAUAUCUAGUUUUCUAAUAUUGAGAAAACGACAGUGGUCUCGGAGCUUGGUUAUCUUUCUGCUAUUCGAUGUUAUAGUCGUGGCGAGUUUCUUCAUAACUUGGUGGCGACUUAUACAAGAAGCAGAGAUCAAGAUAAUGGCGGCACAAGCGCAAUUUGCCGAAAUGCCUAUUGCUUGUCAGCCGCACAAGAUGGGCAUAUUGGAUAAAAUAGUUGCGUCAUUUUCGCGUACGAACGAAUGCGAAAAGUAUUACGAAGCCCUUCUGGCCAAUCCAAAACUGCAAGUAACACCUAUGAUUGCAUUGACGCAUUUUCUUUCUACAGUCAUCUUUUAUCCUUUGUCGUACUUUGGGAUUGUUAUGUCUGAAUUUAUAGAGAACGCUACUAGUAAGAUGAACGUCUUCUAUGCUGCCCCCGUCACUUUCCUCCUUUACGUAACUUUUUGUAUAUGCUUGAUAUUAUUGCCGUUUUCCCUGAUAGGCGGGUCCUUUAAUUUUGGUAUCGGACCAUUCUUCAGGUUUGGUAUAAAUGGCAGGGAAAGGCAAGUAAACCAAGAACGCAUUGAUCGAAUUUAUGAGAAUACUUCGCAAAUUGAAGGUGCAGAACAAGUGAAACAAUUGAAAAGUUCAGAAAAAAUGAAGCAGAUCACAUUGGAGCAAGAUCUUGCUGGAGGCGAUGCAUGCGACGACAAGCAUCAUCUAGAUGAGAAACAAGAAGUUAAGGAAGUUAAUGAGAAAAAAGAAGGGGAUGGUGAUUGCUAACAAUAACUCUUCUUUUAUUGUUACAUUUAGUAUUUUUUUUAUUUUAUUAUUAUAUAUUUGAUAUAUUGCUAAAUUAAGAAGGCUAUUCAUAAUAUUCUUACCACUUUAUUUUUAAGAUCGGUGAUAAUAUAUGUAUUUUGUUAUUAUGCUUGAAUUGUAACAACUCAAAUAGUACAGAUCUCCUUAAGAUCUCCACAGGAGAUCUUAAAGACAUUUUGAGAAUAUCUCCAGAAUAUCCUCUGGGAAUUUUGUACUGUGUGGGAAUAAUCAAAUAUCUUAUUUGUAACAUAAAAAGAUAUUAAUAUUUGCAUUAAAAUCGAUUAAUUUAUUGUAUUCAGUAUGAAAUUUUUUAAUGUGUUCGGAAAUGUUUGUAAAAUUCUGUAUAUCAUUGUUCUAAGGUUGUGUAUAUCAUUGUUCUAAGGUGUCUCGUACUUAGUGUAACACUAUAAGUUUGGUAACACUAUGAGUUAGUUUUUUAGAAAUUUCGCCGUCUUUCUAUAACCUGUGGAAAACAAUUUACUUUCUGUAAACUGUGAAUCUUAGAUAAUGAAUCGUUCGUAUAGAGUACUUUGAGAAUUAUAUUUUUAUACUAAUCUUGCUGAUUGCUAAGUUAAACAUAAACUUUAUAUUUAAUUAACGUGGUUACGUAAGAUAAUAAUGGCCGCGCUGUUAAUGUUGCGUACGCGCAACCAUUACUUUAUGUUAUCCGAAUACCUCAUUAAACACAGCAUUGACUAAUUAA